GAGUGGCUGGAUAAUCAUGCUGCUUCUUGUGACUCGGGUCCAUGUGUUUGGCGGCCUCAUAAUCUUCCUGAUCACGGGCAGAAGCGGCGCAGACUUAGCAGAGAGAAGGAUGUUCCGGGGAGUCCGCGACCAACAGAACCUGAUCUUUCAAAUUUCUCCACUCUCAGGUUACCGAUUGACAUAAGACGAGAUCACCCGCUAUCAGUGCCCGCCUUAACGGCACCUCAGAACGAUUCCCGUCAAAGUGCAACUGCGGUGCUGCGGCUAGGCAGCCCAC